GCCCGGUAGCGAUCAGGCAGUUUUGCAAACUAUGAACAAGACACACGAUCCGGUUAAAUGGCCGUCAAAUGAAGCCAGCAAGAAGCCGAAUUACAACUAUGCGGCUUUUGUGCUCCAUUUAGUCAAUUUAGAGAACGACAUCGUGAAAAAACAGACCAGUUUUUAGAAGUUAGUGACCAGAAAAUGAAGCUGCGAGUCCAGCUGCAGUGCAAGAAUUUGCAUGAAUACCUCAGAGAGCUGAGUCCAGAGAUUUUGGACCGACUAUACAAUCAUCCGGCAACAUGUCUCGCUGUCUACAGGGAGCUUCCCUCUCUGGCCAAAAACUAUGUGAUGCGAAUGCUGUUUCUGGAUCAGCCACUUCCACAGGCAGCAGUGGCAUUGUGGGUGAAUAAAGAAAGCAAGAAGGAUCAUGAUGAAUGCGUAUCAGUGCUGGCAGGACUCCGCCUUUGGCACAGUCAGCAGCUGCAGGGUGGUCUGCAAGGAUAUAUCCUGAAUCCAGUGUUCAAAGACAACCUGAGGAUAGCGCUGCUCGGCGGGGGUCGAUCUUGGGCAGACGAAGGCAGCAGCCUGGGACCCGACCGGCAUGCUCGCGACAUAGAGAGUCUGGACCGUUAUGCCAUGGAGCGCUGGGAGGUUAUCCUGCACUUCAUGGUGGGUUCUCCCAGUGCUGCUGUCAGUCAGGACCUGGCUCAACUGCUGACUCAAGCAGGCCUCAUGAAAAGUGAGGCAGGCGAGGCCCCCUCCAUCACCUCUGCCGGCUUCCAGUUCCUUCUGCUGGACACAGCCUCCCAAUUGUGGUAUUUCACCCUGCAGUACCUCAAAACUGCUCAGUCAAGAGGGAUGGGCCUGGUGGAAAUAUUGUCAUUCUUGUUCCAGCUCAGUUUCUCAACAUUGGGCAGAGAUUACUCAGUGGAGGGCAUGAGUGAGUCAUUACUCACAUUUCUGCAGCACCUUCGGGAGUUUGGACUGGUCUUCCAGAGGAAGAGAAAGUCAAGGCGGUACUAUCCCACCAGAUUGGCCAUUAGUCUGGCUGCGGGAGUCACAAGCAGCUCUUCUUCCCUUUCCUCCUCUUCUAACUUGGGCUCCACUCCUGGUACUGGAGAUGCUGGCUUCAUUGUGGUUGAAACAAAUUAUCGCAUCUACGCCUACACAAACUCAGAGCUCCAGGUUUCUCUGGUAGCGCUCUUCAGUGAAAUGUUGUAUCGGUUUCCCAAUGUGGUGGUGGCUCAGGUCACAAGAGACUCGGUGCAGCAGGCUAUCGCAAAUGGCAUCACUGCGCAGCAGAUCAUCCACUUUCUGAGAACCAGAGCACACCCUAUCAUGCUGAAACAGACACCAGUGCUUCCUCCAAGUAUAACAGAUCAGAUACGACUUUGGGAGCUGGAAAGAGAUAGACUGCAAUUCACGGAGGGAGUGCUCUACAACCAGUUUCUCUCCCAGGCUGACUUUGAGGUGCUGCGAGACAGAGCUCAGGGUCUGGAUUGUCUGGUGUGGCAAGAUGUGGCUCACAGGGUGAUGGUGGUGACACCACACGGGCACAGUGAGGUCAAGAGGUUCUGGAAACAACAGAAGUCCCACACAUAACCAGGAGAAUAGGAAACAGGAAGGAUGCCAUCCCACAAUAUCUUCUGACAUACUUUUAACUGUCACUAUUAAUUCUGUAGCGCAGUCGUUCUUAACCGUUGUUACCUUGGAACCUGCAUAUUCCUAUUGUCCCCAAAUCACGACCAAUUUUUAUGUUAAGAACAGUAAUAAAAAUGUAUAGUAAAAUAAAAUAAACCUUUGCAAACAUUUAUAUCAUAUUUGUAAAUAAUGCUAUGCAUACAUGUUCAUAGUGCCUUUCAGAACACAUUAACAGAGUAGGAACAUAGCUGUAUAUUCAAAAAUGAAUAUGGUAAAAUGAAAUAUCAAAAUUGCAGAAAAUACGGCCCAAAAAAUUUCACUUAUAUCUCUGUACUAACAGUGCCAUAGUUUGUCUUUUUCUGAAUAUCUGACGGAUGCAGGCAAGUUCAAGUUUGAACAAUACAAAUUGUUAUGCUAUUAAAAACACAAAUGGCAUUUAUUA